CUCUCAAAUACAAACUGUUUGAAGGAAGUGGUGAGGGUGAUAGUUUAAUGACAGUGCACAUGCUUUGCAUCCAACAGGUUACAGGUCCAAUCUCUAGGUAUGGUUGGGAAAGACUUUUGUCUGAGAACCUGAAAAUUUGGUACCAGUCGGUGUUAGAUAAUACUGCGCUAGAUGGUCUGGCUCAUUAUAAGGCAGCAGCCUAUAUUCUUAUGAUGGAAUUGGGGAAGCUAACUAGUGCUACUACUUUCAUACAGCAUCAAUGGACUCUCUACUUGGUGAAAAUAAUGUCAACGAUUGGACAAGAUGCUAUGGUGGUGAGCUGAAGGUUUAGUGCAAAGAGUACCUAGCACUUUGUUCAUUUCUCCAUUGCCAUCUUGCUCCAUUUACCAAGCAAUUACAUUCUAGAAAAUGCCUUGAUAUUGGACCAAUCAAGCUGAAUCUCCACUGGACUGAGUGUCUGUUCUUUGAAUAUAAUAAUAGAACAAAGCACCAUCUGAAAAUCCUUUCAUAGUUCCCCAGAAAGCCUACUUUGCCUCCAAUUCACUAGUCAUUUUGAAAAUUUAGGUCAUUAUGUACAUGUUGUCAUUUAGCCUAGAGAGGCUGACAGUCUCCCAUCUGCAAGGGAUCCCACCCCCACCACACCCCAAUUGUCAAUUUGGGAGAAACUCGUGGUAAAUUAGAUUAAUACCUGUUCAGUCCUACAUUUCCUCAUUUUUGUUUUCUUUGAUGGCGGAGGUAUUCUGCACAAAAGCAAGAGCUAUCCCUCCCCCAACCUCCAGACUCUUCAGAUCAGAGAUGAUUUAUAGGCACACAGCUGUCAUCGAUGGAGAGAUGGUGCAUUUUGAAAUUCUUGAUACAGCAGGUCAGGAGGAGGACUCUCUACAAAUUGAAGAGAAGAUAAAGUGGGGAGAUGGCUUUGCUGUGGUUUACUCUGUCACUGACAGGUGCAGCUUCGACGAAGUCAUGAGGCUCUGCUUCCUCAUCAACCACAUCCAUUCCAGCCCAAAGCGGAGCAGCGCGAGUGGAGAGCCGCCCGUCGUGAUUGUCGGGAACAAGAAGGACCUGCAGUUUGACCGCAUGGUGUCCUCUGAGGAUGGGGAGAACCUCUCCAAGGCCCUGAAGCAUCCUUUCUACGAGAUCUCUACCAGGGACAGCUAUGAGGAGACGGUGGUGGUUUUCAACACUUUAUACAAUGAGCUGAUGAAGCAAGGUCAUUUUUCCCCUGGGUCCUUCAAGAGGCGAGCAGUGUCUAAACUAAUGGAAAAGAUCCCGAAGAUUCACGCCAACUCGACUCUGGCCUCGGGUGGCAGGAGCCUGAGCUUCAAUUCCUUCAGGGACUACAUCCCGGAAUGAACUUCUGCACAGGCCAUUGUGAAAUGAUGGGCAGUUUACACAGGGACCAGCUGGAGUUGGCAAGGGAGAGUGUGCAGAGCUGGUGAACUGGCAAGUCCAGAGACCUGUGCAUUGUUAGGAAAGGUGUUCUUUCCCCCUAACUACCUUUAAAGGCAGGGAGGUCACAGGGUGACCCUAGACCAGCUUUGUGGUACAGCAGUACAUAAGACCAACCUGACUUAGUCAGACCAAAGGUUCACCUAGUCCAGUAUCCUGCUGUGAACAGGAGCCACACAGAUGCUUCUGGGAAGCUAACCAGCAGGAUAUGAAGGCAAUAAUCUGCCCCCCUCCCCCCGUUUCCACCUCUGGCAAUUGGUAUACAGAAGUAUACUAUCUCUAUAGCUGGAAGUUCCAUUUAGCCAUUAUGACCAAUAGCCAUUGAUAGACCUAACCCCUGUGAAUUUUAAAGCCUUCUUUGCUGGUUGCCAUCGCCACAUCUUGUGGCAGCAAAUUCCAUAGCUAAGGCUGAUGCGCCACAUUUUCUCCUUGUAGAGAUUAGUCUUCUAAAUCCUGGGUGGAAGGGCAGCUGUGAAUGUUCCUUUGGUCCAUAGUCUGAUUAUUCUUUUUGGGCACCCAAGAAAGCAAGGAAAAGUGAAAGUGGAUGCCUUUGCCAAGGCUGGACUCUUGAUGCGGAGCUCCGCACCAGCGCGGUCUUGUUGAGUCAGUCUUGUUGGAAGGAGGGGUGGUGGGAUCUACAAGUUUUGCAAAAGGCUUUUUAAAAGGCUGAUUAAGAUGUGUUCUCAUCUUCCUGGCUCCUGCUAGUAUGUUAUUGCUCAUUCCUGUCCAUCAGCAUAAUGGUUUAUGCAUCUGACCUUUUUCCAUAAUGGACCAAGGCCAGUGGCCCCACCAGUUUUCUAUACAGUACAGUCAGGAUCAGUAGAAGAACAUGUUGGAAGUGGCUGAAUAAAGGUUUGGUUAGAAGGGAGUUCUGUUUACAUUGAGCAGCAGUGCCAUGUGACUUCAUGGCAGGAAGCACUGAGGUCAGAGAAUAGGGAAGUUCAUGGAAUUGUGGAGCUUCAGGCUGCAAAACAAUGCACACUAUCCUAGAAGUGAGGCCCACUGAGGACUGUAGGACUUACUUUUGAGUAAACGUGCAUAGGAUUGCACUGUUAGUGACCAGAAGCGCAUCAAGUGUGCCAUAAGACAGCUUCUUCCACCACCAAUCUUCCUGUGUAGUUAGUACCAUCAGUAUUCAGAUAACUGACUUUUUAUUGGUGUGUAGAUGUCAUAGCAGGGAGCACUUUCAAGUCUCUCCUCCUUUCUGGCAGAUUUUUUUUCUUGAAGUAGGAACAUAAGAAGCUGCUUUAGGGCAAUGGUCGAACCAGCCAAGUACUAUUUGUCUUAACCAGCAGCCAACUCUCCAGUAUCUCAGCUUUGUCCAUCGUGUUCAUUUCCUGCUCUUUAUUUAACUGGAGAAACCAGGGAUCGAACCUGGAAGCUUCUGCUUGCAGAGCAUAUGUUGUGUCAUUGAGCUAUGGCCCUGACCCAAAUUAGUUAUUUCUUCCUCUUUUAAGGCUGCAUCCAUUGUCAUGCUAAUAUACUUGUAGGCACUUGCUGUUCUGGAAGGAAAGAUGACCAACUUGUUCCACAAAGGCUUCCAUUCUACCGUUCAACACUGGAAAAUAGCAUUCUGUUUGCCUCCUGCUUUCUUCACUGACUUCUGUGUAGGCAACUCAGAGAAGCUCUGUGUGUUGCAAACACAGAUAUUUUAGUUGCAGCUUGAGGGGUUCUCCAUAGAUCUGAAAAUAAUAAACAUAUCUGCCUCCCCUUCAGCAAAACCCCAGGGCCAUCUUUUGCUUAUUUCUGACAACAAAAGGAACUGCCUUCACCCAACAAGUCUGAGAACAUAGCUCCCUCUUGAAUUUGACUCUUAGAUCCAAACUAAGCAUUUUUAAAGUCAGCUUGUGUGGCUUUAUAAUUACAUUCUGUAUUGUAAAAUGAUAUGGUACUCUGCUGUUGACUAAUAGCUGUGUACAAGCAGGAAAUGGAAUCAGAGUAUAUGAGGUGGGCAUGGUGAGAGGAGUACAGCUACAGGGAGAAAUACAAUGAAGCCGGAACUAGAUGAUACUGGAGGUUUCCAAGAUCUGGACGCUGCUAGAAGUUGUGGACUACAACUCCCUAUAGCCAGAGCUUGAAAGUUGUAGUCCAGAACAUCAGAAGGGCACCAAUUGGGCUAUCCCUGCCCUAGGCCUUUUCCGGUGGUUCAAAUCUAUUCCUGUGUUUUAUUUCAAAAGUGGGCAUUGCCACCGUGAAUCUACUUAAAAUGGAACAGAACUCUUUCGUUUUUAUCCAAGGUUACUAAAAUAAACACUUUCUUAGAUUUGGGGCAUUGUCAGCUCAAUAGCUGCCACCUGGGUUAGGAGCUUGACUCUCCCUCUCCCUGCAGUUUCUAAAUCCUAAAUCAACACUGUUCCAUGGGGCACCCGGCAGUGAUCUCAAGAGAAUGAGUAAGUGUGAAAUAAAAAUAUCUUCAAAGCCCCAAUCACAAAUCCAGGCAUAUGUUCAAAACAAAGGCUUAAAAUUCUCUCAGGAUGCUUGACUUUUUAAAGGAGCCAGGACUAAAAAUUUCCUUUCCCUCUUUUAAAUAGCCUAGCAGAACUAUUGUUGGAUUGACUGCUAAAGUGGUUUGCUUUCACAGUCAAAUGCUAUUCUGGUUUGUCUCAUGGGUCGGGGGGGGCAGUUAUACCUAUCUCAAUUGAAAUUUCUAAGAAGCAAAUUCUAAAUUAGAGUCUAUGUCUGUUUCCACAGGUGAAGGCUGUUAGCUGGAAGAUUUUUUAUUUGCUAGCCAUAGUGUAUGUUCAAAAAAGAUUUUAAUUUAAAGGAUGAUUUGCAUGUGUCUUCAGUAAAUUUUCCUGUUGAAGAGGUCCGGAAAGCUAAUCCUCAUGAGAGCAGCUUUAUAUAUCUGCAUUGUUUUAUACAACUGUAUUCCAGCCACUGGAAAGUGCAUAGCAUCCUUUCUGAUACCUUCUGUUAUUAAUGGAUUCUGCUGAACCUGUCAUGGGAACUGUAAAAUGUACUUGCAGUGGUAUAUAGAUUGGAUUUUCUAGGAAAGGGGGUGAUGAUUCACAUAUAUUGUUAUAAAAAUUAAACUUGUCCAGCUCUUUACAGCCACUUACACCACCUUCAUCCAGGUUUCCAACCUCUCACAGCCAGAAAAAUCUCACAUCCCCACCAGUCACUGAAAAUGGCGGCUACUGUAGUUUUCACAAAAUACACAGUAUUUCUCAUGCUGCGACUUGAUUGGCAGUACAUAGUUACUUGCCUAGCUGCCCUUUGUGACAGACAGUAAAAUUACCCCCCCAAAGCAGUUUAUGCGCUUCUUCAUCAAACGGAAACUUUAAUUUGCCAAAAUUAAAUUUCACCCCCUAAAAUGACAUGUCGUACUAGAACAUAAAAAGCCCUUUUCCUUUGAGGAAUCUAUGUAUGUGCUUCCUGUUCUGUUAAGCAACUUUCCACCAGCCAUAGAGGUACUGCAAGGAACUGCUGCUUAUUUUAUAUCCACGCUCAUACACAUAAGAGAACUGAAACAAUCCUGCCUCAAUGAGGGCCUCCUCCCCAAAAGUACAAACCUUGUACAAUUGUUUGCUCCACAGUUUGGGGUUCCUUGGGCAAGAUAUUUAAGGUAGGACACACACACACACACACGCCAUUGCUGCUUCCUGCUCACUUUCCCAUAGGGCUGGAGGUUGGCAAGCAAAGGAACUGGCUGGGUGAAAGAGGAGGAACCGUAUUCAUUGCCACUUUUGGGAGAGGGCAGUUAGUGAGUGGUAAUAGCUGCUGCUGUUCCUUGGCUCAAUGUCACUUGCCCAACUGGGUGGCUGAGUGAGCAAACGGAUAGCAGCGAGGUGCAGCCACAGGGGACUUGGGGGAGUGGACCCUUGUAAGACACUGGGACCCUCAGCAUCUGCCCACGAAUACUGGGCAAUGGAUGGAAAUUUCUCUCAAAAUGUAAAUGCCAUUAUUUUUAAAUACUUCAUAAUGUAUUUUACAUGUAUAUAUUUUUUUUUCUUGUAACUUCCGUUGCAUUUUGUAGACCUGGUGCCAGAAAUCUUAAUGGUUUGCUGAGGGUGAAGAAAAGCUGUCAUCUUCAGCAACUGUUUGUAUAUGGAGUGGUGAUGAUUAUUCUGUGGAUUAAAAAAAAAUAUUCUCA